AUGGAGUCUAAACCACCUCUACCUGUUUCAGCGGACUCGUAUGUCUCGACUCAUAGCACUGCACUUGAGAGAGCUAGUUCACAGGCUUUGGUCGGCGAUGAGAACCCGCUCAACUGGUCGGCACUGCGCAAAUGGCCCUUGUCCAUUAUCGUGAUCCUGAUGUCCGCAACGAUGGGCUACUACUCCGGUGUGCAUGCUGCCUCGAUCCAGGCAGUCGCAGAUUUCUACGGAUGUUCGGUACUCGCGUCCACGUCUGCGGUGUCGUUCUUUCUCCUCGGAUUUGCUAUUGGUCCUCUCUUCUUCGCACCGUUGUCUGAAAUGCUGGGAAGAAACCCGAUUCUCAGAGUCGCGUUUGGACUCUUCGUCAUAUCCAAUAUCGGAGACGCGGGCUAUUGGACUUCCAUGAUCCUCGGCGGCAUAACCUACAUCUGCGCCCUCCUCUUCCUCCCAGAAACGUACGCCCCACAACUGGUCCGCGCGAAGCAAAUCAAAGCUGGUGGCAACCUCUCCAAUGUUGACUGGAAGAAACGCGCGCGCGAUAACCUGGUUCGUCCAUGGGUUAUGCUCUUCACCGAGCCCAUCGUGUGGGCCUUGUCAACGUACAUGGCAUUCCUAUACGGAAUCAUGUGUCUCGUACUCGUCGCCUAUCCCAUCGUCUAUAAGGAAUACAGAGGCUGGUCAACUGCCAAGAUGAGCGUUGGAUACACAGGCCUGGCAAUGGGAAUGGCUCUUCCAACAAUCCUAUCACCUCUGCUAAAUCGCGCCCAUACACAUUUUGUGCGCAAACUAGGUCCGCAGCCUGAAGCACGCUUCCCACUGCAGAUAGCUUUCACAUGGCUAACACCUAUUGGGCUCUUCUGGUUCGCAUGGACGGCAACAGCGUCUGUACCGGCUGUCGUGCCCAUUCUGGCUGGGGUUCCGCUGGGUAUCGGUCUUCUGACGGCUUUUCUGGAUAUUGCUGCGUAUCUUACCGAUUGCUAUGGUAUAUACGGGGCAAGUGCCCUUGCUGCAAAUGGACUUCUGUGCCGACUCUUUGGUGCAGCAUUUCCGCUCUUCUCGAAACGGUUGUAUGAGAGCUUGGGUGUACCGUGGGGAACUAGUCUGUUGGCUUUCGUCGCCACGGCUAUGGCGCCUAUCCCGUGGAUCUUCUAUCGCUAUGGGCCGACGAUCAGAAAGAAGAGCGCAUACCAUCAAGCCGCCAUGGGUCGUACAUAG